UUUCAUAAACCAGCGUGUGAAACGCAUAAGACGACAAAGUUAACCAAAAAAGAAAAAGAUUUCUCCUACAAUCUUCCUAAAUUCUUGGAUUAUUAUUUUGAUAAUUUCGCUUUUCAUUCUGUUCAUCUUUGCUUCUGCAUCAUGAUGAUGAGUCGCGGUGGAGCCAAGGUGGCCUCGUCGCUAAUGAAAGCCGCUGGACCACGGUUGUUCUCGACCGGCACUGCGAUCCGUCCGGUUUCGUCUCUCGAAGCUUUAUCGGCGAGCCGUCUUUUGAAACCUCCGGUUGAUUCCGGCGUGAGCGGGAGUGCUUGGAUCUGGAGCAGAGCUCCGGGUUUCGGAGGCGUGCGAUUCGCUAGCACGGUUACUCUCGGAGAAAAACAGGAGACGGAGGCGAAUCCGAAAAAGACGGAGAACGAAUCCGUCGGCGGAGACGCUGGAGGUAACAAGGGAGAGAAAGGAAUCGAUAGCUAUUGGGGUGUUGAACCGAAUAAGAUUACUAAAGAAGACGGCACUGAAUGGAAGUGGAACUGUUUCAGGCCAUGGGAGACGUAUAAAGCUGAUCUGACGAUAGAUCUGUCAAAGCAUCAUGUACCAACGACGUUUCUUGACAGAUUAGCUUAUUGGACUGUCAAAUCUCUCCGAUGGCCUACCGAUAUCUUCUUCCAGAGGCGAUAUGGAUGCAGAGCUAUGAUGCUGGAAACUGUAGCAGCAGUGCCCGGAAUGGUCGGAGGAAUGUUGCUUCACUGCAAAUCUCUCCGGAGGUUUGAGCAAAGCGGAGGAUGGAUCAAAGCUCUUCUCGAGGAAGCAGAGAACGAGAGGAUGCAUCUCAUGACAUUCAUGGAGGUAGCGAAACCCAAAUGGUACGAGAGAGCUCUCGUGAUCACUGUUCAAGGCGUUUUCUUCAACGCUUAUUUCCUCGGAUACCUAAUCUCCCCGAAAUUCGCUCACCGUAUGGUUGGUUACCUUGAAGAAGAAGCAAUCCAUUCGUACACUGAGUUCCUCAAGGAACUCGACAAAGGUAACAUCGAGAACGUUCCUGCUCCCGCCAUUGCCAUUGAUUACUGGAGGCUCCCUGCCGAUGCAACACUUCGUGAUGUCGUCAUGGUUGUUCGUGCCGACGAGGCUCAUCACCGUGACGUUAACCAUUUUGCAUCCGAUAUUCAUUAUCAAGGUCGUGAACUAAAGGAAGCUCCAGCUCCAAUUGGGUAUCAUUGAUUUCGAUUGUAUCUCGUUGAAUAAGAAGAGAGCUUAUUUGCUGAAGUUUUAAACUCUUUUCUAAAGAAAUUUGAGAAAAAAAAAAUGAAGUCUAUGUCUCUUCUUCUUCGCUUGUAUAUAUAGAUCAUAUCUCUACUCGAGCCAUACUUUGAAAACUGGUUCCUUGAAUGUUAUAUUUGCUACUAAUAUUCUGUUUUUUCCUUGAAAGCAAUGUGUACUUUCCCUUAUUUUUUCUGUUUAUGGGCUUUUGGGCUUUUUUGUUUUCGAUUUAUAAUUUUUCGGCCUGCAAUUUAGUUUAUUCGUUUGUAACGUUAUAGAAAGAGGAUGAUAAUUUAUUGAAGAAAAUUCUGUUACUA